AUGGGGGGAUCUAGCACAUUCUUUGCAAGUCAACCAGAAACAUGCCGUGCAUUUGUUGGAGAAACUGUUGUUUUGCCUUGCUCCACCACCCCUCCUGGAGAGCUGAUCUUCUCCAAGUCAAUGCUCUACUGGCAGAUCGACCAGAAGAUAGUGCACUUUUUUCAAAAAGGGCAGGAUUCACUGGGGACCCAGGACAAACGUUUCCGUGGCAGAACCAGUCUUUUUUUGGACCAGAUGAAGCACGGCAACCUUUCCUUAAAGAUCUCCAACGUCCAGUUACAGGACAAUGCUGAAUAUACCUGCAUCUACAAACAGGAUGCAGAUCAUCAAACAAAGAAAUCUAAUAUUAAACUCAGUGUCUCAGCCCCACCUAGGACUGAGGAGACACCUUUUCCUUCUGGACAGAGUCAGAUUGCCUCCAGAAGCCCUCCUGAAACACCAUGUCUGGCUGUGUUUUCCCUCUCUCUCCACCUCCUGGUCACACUGGGGGUUUGGCACUUGUAACCAGGGAAGCCAACCUUGUCUUUGGGAAGUUCUCCUCACCAGGGGACCUCACUGGGCAGAACAGGCCUGCAGGUUCCAGAGCCACGUGACAGAAACACCAGUCACUGAAAACAGACUGCGCACUGUGUGUUUAUGUCCCACAUUUGGUUCCAAAAAACCAAAGGCAGCAAAACUCUGAGGUGGUAAAUCUGCUUUUUCAUUUGGUUCUUGGAGUCCAGUUUUAGUGCUGCCAGUGUGAACAUUUUAGUUUGUGGGUUUGCUUUAAUGACAGGAUAAAAGACUCACAAAACUACGGGGUCACAUUAUAACUGACCCCAGUGAAUCAUUUUGCUUAAGAUCUCAUCUGCUGUCCUUCAGAGACAGCUGAAAGGAGGAGCAGGAGUAAUCACCGUCUGUGUCAGACAAAAACUGGAAGUUGCAAGGCCCUCCCAUUUUGCGAAACAUAAAAGAAGGAAACCUUGUGAAACUGCAGCCUGUGGAACUUUAGCUUCUGUUUUCACUCUUCAGCAUCAUGGGCCAUCAGUAAGAACAUUUUUUUUCCACAAGAAGCAUAGUAUUUAUUCAGCAGAAGGGUGAAGCUGAUUGAGAAAGAGGAUGGAAGUUCAUAAAACAUCAACACAGAAGAAGGAAGUGAUGUAUUACUACAAAGUCCACUUCUAAAUCAGCCAAAAAGCUUUAGAAGGCUGAAUUCAGUAUUUUCUCUUUUUGUCA